AACAUUUGGAAGGUUUCCGUAGUUUGUGAGUGACAUCGUCUCGCUUCUGUUUCCAUUCCCGCUUUCUUCAUCUUCGCCGAUAACCUCCCCCCUUGUAUCUCGCUCGACAAUGGAGAAUUUGAUUCAGCUUGUCAACAAAAUACAAAGGGCGUGUACCGCCCUAGGCGAUCAUGGCGAAGAGAGCGCAAUGCCCACCCUCUGGGACGCGCUACCGUCGAUCGCGGUCGUCGGAGGACAGAGCUCUGGAAAGUCUUCGGUGUUGGAGAGUAUUGUGGGAAAAGACUUCUUACCACGUGGAUCUGGUAUUGUUACUCGGCGUCCUCUUGUUUUACAACUUCAUAAGAUUGAAGAAGGAAGAGAAUAUGCUGAAUUUAUGCACCUUCCGAGGAAGAAGUUCACUGAUUUUGCUGCUGUUAGGCAGGAGAUCUCUGAUGAGACUGAUAGAGAGACGGGCCGGAGCAAGUCUAUUUCUUCUGUUCCAAUCCAUUUGAGUAUCUACUCCCCUCAUGUUGUCAAUUUGACCCUAGUUGAUCUUCCAGGACUCACAAAAGUUGCUGUGGAGGGUCAACCGGAAAGCAUUGUACAGGACAUCGAAAACAUGGUUCGUUCAUAUAUUGAGAAGCCCAACUGUAUCGUUUUGGCAAUAUCCCCUGCUAAUCAAGAUCUUGCUACCUCAGAUGCAAUUAAGAUUUCUCGUGAAGUAGACCCUAAAGGGGAAAGGACAUUUGGAGUUUUAACAAAGAUCGAUCUCAUGGACAAGGGUACUGACGCCGUUGAUAUCCUUGAAGGAAGAUCAUAUAAGCUAAAUUUCCCUUGGAUUGGUGUUGUUAAUCGUUCCCAAGCUGAUAUCAACAAAAACGUCGAUAUGAUUGCUGCACGGCGCAGAGAGAAUGAGUAUUUUGCUAACACUCCUGAAUAUAGACAUCUUGCUAGCAGAAUGGGUUCUGUCCAUCUAGGAAAGGUGCUAUCUAAGCAUUUAGAAACUGUCAUCAAGUCUCGCAUCCCGGGUCUUCAGUCUCUUAUAAGUAAAACUAUUUGUGACCUAGAGGCAGAAGUAAACCGUCUUGGAAGGCCUAUGGCUACUGAUACGGGAGGAAAAUUGUACAUGGCAAUGGAAAUCUGUCGAAACUUUGAUCAGAUAUAUAAAGAUCAUCUUGAUGGCGUGCGGCCAGGUGGUGAGAAAAUUUACCAAGUAUUUGAUUCUCAGUUCCCUGCGGCUAUGAAAAGGCUGCAAUUUGACAAACAUCUCUCAAUUGACAAUGUGAGAAAACUAAUAACUGAAGCGGAUGGAUAUCAACCUCAUCUAAUUGCUCCUGAGCAAGGAUAUCGCCGUCUUAUAGAAUCUUGCUUGGUAGCUAUCCGUGGUCCAGCUGAAGCAGCUGUUGAUGCGGUUCAUGCAAUUUUGAAGGAUCUGAUUCACAAGUCAAUUAGCGAGACAGUGGAAUUAAAACAAUAUCCCACCUUGAGAACAGAACUUGGAAGUGCAGCUGUCGAAUCAUUGGAGAGGAUGAGAGAAGAAAGUAAGAAAGCAACUCUGCUGUUGGUUGACAUGGAGUGUGGUUACCUCACUGUUGAAUUUUUCCGCAAACUUCCACAAGAUGCUGAGAAGGGUGGAAAUCCAACUGUCUCACUUUUUGACAGAUAUAAUGAUAAUUAUCUUCGUCGAAUUGCUACCACUGUCUUGUCCUAUGUGAACAUGGUAUGCGCGACCCUCAGGAACACUAUUCCCAAGUCUGUAGUUUAUUGCCAAGUGCGUGAGGCUAAGCGAAGCUUGCUGGACUAUUUUUUUGCGGAGUUAGGGAAGAAGGAGGGGAGACAACUAAGUAAAUUGCUUGAUGAGGAUCCAGCGGUGAUGCAAAGAAGGACUUCCCUUGCUAAGAGGCUUGAACUUUAUAGAAGUGCUCAGUCAGAAAUUGAGGCUGUUGCAUGGGCCAAGUAGAGAAGAGCAGUGCUUACUAGUUCUCCUUAGAGUUAGAACCUUGUUUUUUUCGUGGGAGGUAUUAUUAUUAUUAUUAUUGAACUGAUUAAAUUCAUGAAAUUAAUUCUUUUCCUUUUGAUUUAAGAGUGAGGUAGGAUAUUUUGUUUUGCUAAGGGUUAGGGAAUCAUUUUCGGCUUUCAUUGCGUAUUGUUAUUCGCUUCCAUUCACUUUAAUGUGAGUUAUAAAAUAUUGCAUUCUUUGUUUAUACUCAUCCAUUCAUUUUCUAUGGACUAAUGGAAGCUGGAAAAGAUUGCGGAACA